CAGCUGCUGCGCAACUUUGGCUCCCCGAUGAGCGCGAUGGCCGCCAGUGGCUGCCCCACGCCGUUUGCGUUUCCCUUCUCGCCGCUCGGGCUGAGCCUGUUCGACAUUGAUCCGUCCAGAAUACUGAACCUGCUGCACCAUCAGACCUGGCUGGCCGAGGAGGCAUUACGCACUCGCGGCAUGCUCGGCGCGCCAAAGGACUUUCCCCACCGUUUUACCACGUUAAGCGAUCUGCUUACCAAGGACUAUCAGCCAACUGCGGCCAGCUAUGCGGCCAAGCAGACGCAGUCCACAACGAGCCGUUCCAGCGAUCCACAGUACAAACAACAGCAACAGCAACAAGCCACACAGCAACAACAGCAGCAGCAACAACAGCAACAACAGCAACCGUCUCAGCAACAGCAACAAUCACAGCCAACGCCGCCGCCGCCGCCACAUGUCGCCUUCAAUAUGCGCUAUGCCACGCCCACUGGCUAUUAUCAGCCCUCGAAGGGCGGCAAAUCGGCGGGCACGCCCUCGCCCCAGCAGAUAGCCACCUCGUCGACGGCCAUCUCAGCGGAAUCGCAGCUGGAGGGCCAGUCGGAGGGCAACGAUGACGUCACCAUUGUCGAGCUGGGCAGCGAGCGCAGCGUCGUGACGCCCAACAGCAGCGCUCUGCUAUACAAGGAGUCCCUGGAGCAGCUGCUGGCCCAGCAGCACCAACACCAACACCAGCAGCAGCACCGACGUCGCACCGCCAACAACAGCACGCCCAGCGCCGGGGUAGUUGGAGCUGGCGCCGCAGCUGGAGCUGGAGUUGGAAGUGGGGCUGGCGUCAUUGUGGACGCCAGCGGCCUGCGCCAGUACACGCAGCUGCUGCUCUCGGGGGCGGGCACGCCCGUCAGCUGCACGGACACCUCGAGCAGCUGCAAGGAGAAGAGCUCCUCGUCGUCUACCUCAUCGACGCCGCCGCCGAGCGGCGCACUGCUCGCCCAGCACCAGCAGCUGAGCCAGAUGCUGAAGAGCCCCUCGGACACGUGCUCCUCGCUGUUCAGCGAGCCCAUCGAGGAGGAGACGCGCUGCGUCGUCUGCAACGCGCACUUCCCGAACGUCUGGCUGCUGGAGCAGCAUGCGGCACUGCAGCAUCCGCACAUUGGGCCGGGCGAGGAGAAGCCCUUCAUAUGCGAGCAGUGCGGGCAGUCGUAUCGCUAUCGCAGCGCCUAUGCCAAGCACAAGGAGCAGAAUCAUCGCGCCCGCCUGCCCGCGGACAAGCUCUUCACCUGCGACGUCUGCGGCAUGCAGUUCCGCUAUCUGAAGAGCUUCAAGAAGCAUCGGCUCAACCAUGCGCUCGAGCGUCUCCAUGGCAAGAAGUCGAUCGGUGUGGGUGUUGGUGUCGGUGUCGGUGUGGGCGUGGCGCGCAUGAUUAGCGGCACAGCAGCAGCGGCAGCGGCAGCAGCCGCAGCAGCAGCAGCCACAUCGGCCCAGCUGGACCAGGAUGUGGUCACCAGCUCGCAGGAGCCGAUGCUGGCCGACGAGGGCGAGGAUCUGCGCAUCAAUGUGAAGCGCGAGAGCGACGAGUCCGGUCACCAGCAAGAGGCCACCAGCGAGGAGCACGAGCAGGACAACACCAUCGAUUCGGCGGGCAUUACGAUGCUCUACAAUGACAACAACUCAUCGGCUUCGGCCUCCACGAGCGCCACGGAGCCGAACAUCAGCAGCUCGGACGGCAUACAUAGUACAAACAAGCGGUCACGCCUGUUGAACAGCGCACACCACUUGGAAACGGAUCCCUCCUAUCAUCAUCAGCAACACCAUCAUCACCAUCAACAACAGCAACAACAACAACAACAGCAACAACACCAUCAUCAUCAACAGCAGCAACAGCAGUCGCAGUCUCAGUCUCAGUCGCAGUCACAAUCUCAGCAACUGCCUCCGCAUCUGGCGCACGUCUCACUGCCAAUGGCCAGCGCUGCAGCCGGCUCCUCCUCGGCAGCAGCAGCUGCGGCGGCCGCUGCAGCUGGCUGCAAUUCCAGUCCAGGGGCUGGCGCAGCCGGCACUGCCAACAGCGGCGUGGGUGGCAGCGGCAUCAGUUCGCUCAGCUCGCUGACUUCGCUGAUCAAUGCGGAGCGCAUACCCAAUGAGCAGUUCCUGGGCCUCAAUCCGCAGGAGGCUUCAAUACUCAACUUCUUGCGAGUGGAUGCGGCCGAGCGACAGCGCGACAAGCGGCCCACCACGUCGCGUUUCGCCUGUCCGUUCUGUGGCAAGUGCGUCCGCUCCAAGGAGAACCUGAAGCUGCACGUGCGCAAACACACCGGCGAACGUCCGUUCGUCUGCCUGUUCUGCGGUCGCGCGUUCGGCGGCAAAUCGGAUCUGACGCGCCAUCUGCGCAUCCACACCGGCGAGCGGCCGUACCACUGCGAGUCGUGUGGCAAGUGCUUCGCCCGGGCCGACUAUCUGUCCAAGCAUUUGACCACGCACAUUCACAAUGCGCCGCGCUGAGAUGAGGCGCGUAGGAGGCGUCUCCUACGCAGAUAAGCCAACUAACCAUACACACACACAAACACACUCACGCACUCACACACUCACACUACACCAGACAACACAGAAUACACUCAAAGAAAAGAGCGGAGACAAGUAAUGAAAAAUACACACAAGAGGCAUAAAUUACAGGAAACAUGAAAAUUGAUGUAUAGAUCUAUUAUUACUACCAUUAUUAUUAGAUUUACAAGUGUCUAAUUAUUUUUUUUUAUAUAUAUACAUAUAUAUAUAUAAUUACUAUGCGAACUCGAACUCGAAUUCGAAUUCAAAUGAGAAUUUGAAGAAACGGUGCUGAGGUACAGUCAGCGCACUGAUAAGCCAUAGAGCAAUCAACGUGUGUGCAGGGUUAAUUUUUUUUUUUUUUUUUUUUUUUAUAUAUAUAUAUAUAUAUAUAUAUAUAGAAGAAGAUGAAGAACAUUAAGAACUAUUAGCACGGGUAUUAAUGUCUUUAAGAGUUGAAACUAAAGCAUAAAUAAUUGUAAUUAGUAGAAGUGUUUAAAUUCUUUUUUUUUCUAUCUAAUAUGCAAAGUUUUCUAUGGUUAAGUGAGGGGUUUUUUUUAGUGGAAUAUAUAAGGAGAUCUAAUUAGUUCUGGCAGCUGCAAGGCAACUACUAACUACAACAACAAACUGCAAUAUAUAUGAAAAUAGUCUGUGUUUUUGAGAGAAAAGAAAACAAAAAGAAUACAUUCAAAUCACCAAGUACCAUAAAUCUGCCGUUUACAUAGAGCAACUCUAAAAGCUAAACUAAAAAAAAAAAAAAACUAAUUUUACAUUUAUUUAAAACUAAA